AUGAGCAACACCGAGUCAUAUCCGCCGGAGUUUCGGCCUCUAAUGAGCGAUCCGACAGAACCAGAAAAAGCCGUUGAACCGGUUCUUGAUCGGAGCAAGGAUAUCGAUAUCCCGGUAAUCGAUCUGGAGUGUUUGGACAUGGAGAAACUGAGAGAAGCAUGCAAGAACUGGGGGAUAUUCCAUCUGGAGAAAACGGGGAUACCGUCAACGCUGAUGUCACAGGUGAAAGAGAUAACGGAGUCGCUGUUGAGUCUGCCGUUUGAAGAGAAACGGAAGUUGUUCGGCGAUAACUCUCCGUUAUCGUAUUACUGGGGAACACGUACGGUAAGUCCAUCGGGAAAGGCCGUAGAGAGGGCUCCACAAGAAUCAAGCGGCCACUUGUUUGAAGGCAUUAACGUUCCUCUUGCUUCCCUCUCGCAUCUUCUGUCACUUUCUUGCUCUGAUGCUAAGCUUGAGUCUUUCAGGUCAAAUUCAUACCGUUUUACUCUUAAUUACUUCAUUGAUUUAGAGCUUAGAAGUAAUUCAAUCUACACUUCUCCGAUCAAAGAAGACCGGCGAGGCGGCGACUAG